CGAGAGGGGAGGGCAGAGCGGAGGGGAGGGUAAAUAGUGGGCCAGGCAGGAAGAUGGCGGCGUAGCGGAGGUCUGAGUGGCCUCGGGUCUGCGGCUGGAUUUCCUCGUCCGUCUUCCUCCCGUGUUUUUCUGGCUGAGCUUGGCAUCGAGGGGGCUGAGUUCGGGCGGCCGCGCCGGGCGCAGCGCGGGGGUCACGGCGGCGGCGGCGGCUGACGGCUGGAAGGGCGGGCUUCCCUCGCCGCGCGUCCUCCUUCCCCGGUCCGCUCGGUGUCAGGCGCGGCGGGCGGACUUCGUCCCUCCUGCCGCUCCCCCCCGCGCCGGAGCGCGCUCCCCUGCCUUCGCCAUCCCCCGACCCUUCACCCCGGGCACUGGGCGCCUCCUCCGGCGCAGCGCAGGGAGCGGGGGCCGGGCUCCUGCUCGGCUGUCGCGCCUCCAUGUCGGAUAACCAGAGCUGGAACUCGUCGGGCUCGGAGGAGGACCCGGAGACGGAGUCCAGGCUGCCGGUGGAGCGCUGCGGGGUCCUCAGUAAGUGGACAAACUACAUUCGUGGGUGGCAGGAUCGUUGGGUAGUUUUGAAAAAUAAUACUCUGAGUUACUACAAAUCUGAAGAUGAGGCAGAAUAUGGCUGCAGAGGAGUGAUCUGUAUUCACAAGGCUGUCAUCACGCCUCAUGAUUUUGAUGAAUGUCGGUUUGAUAUUAGUGUAAAUGAUAGCAUUUGGUAUCUUCGUGCUGAGGAUCCAACUCACAGACAACAGUGGAUAGAUGCCAUCGAACAGCACAAGACUGAAUCUGGAUAUGGAUCUGAAUCCAGCUUGCGUCGACAUGGCUCAAUGGUUUCCCUGGUGUCUGGAGCAAGUGGCUAUUCUGCAACAUCCACCUCUUCAUUCAAGAAAGGCCACAGUUUACGUGAGAAAUUGGCUGAAAUGGAAACUUUUAGAGAUAUCUUAUGUAGACAAGUUGAUACUCUACAGAAAUACUUUGAUGCCUGUGCUGAUGCUGUCUCCAAGGAUGAACUUCAAAGGGAUAAAGUGGUAGAAGAUGAUGAAGAUGACUUUCCUACAACACGUUCUGAUGGAGACUUCUUGCAUAAUACCAAUGGUAAUAAGGAAAAGAUAUUUCCACAUGUAACACCGAAAGGAAUUAAUGGUAUAGACUUCAAAGGGGAGGCGAUAACUUUUAAAGCAACUACUGCUGGCAUCCUUGCUACCCUUUCUCAUUGUAUUGAACUGAUGGUAAAACGGGAAGACAGCUGGCAAAAGAGGCUGGACAAGGAAAUUGAGAAAAGAAGAAGAAUAGAGGAAGCAUACAAAAAUGCCAUGACAGAACUUAAGAAAAAAUCCCACUUUGGAGGACCAGAUUAUGAGGAAGGCCCAAACAGUCUGAUUAAUGAAGAAGAGUUCUUUGAUGCUGUUGAAGCUGCUCUUGACAGACAAGAUAAAAUAGAAGAACAGAGUGAAAAGGUCAGGUUACAUUGGCCUACAUCCAUGCCAUCUGGAGAUGCCUUUUCAUCUGUGGGAACUCACAGAUUUGUCCAAAAGCCCUAUAGUCGCUCUUCCUCCAUGUCUUCCAUUGAUCUAGUCAGUGCCUCUGACGAUGCUCACAGAUUCAGCUCCCAGGUUGAAGAGAUGGUGCAGAACCACAUGACUUAUUCGUUACAGGAUGUAGGUGGAGAUGCCAAUUGGCAGUUGGUUGUAGAAGAAGGUGAAAUGAAGGUAUAUAGAAGAGAAGUAGAAGAAAACGGGAUUGUUCUGGAUCCCUUAAAAGCUACCCAUGCAGUUAAAGGCGUCACAGGACACGAGGUCUGCAGUUACUUCUGGAAUGUUGACGUUCGCAAUGAUUGGGAAACAACUAUAGAAAACUUCCAUGUGGUGGAAACAUUAGCUGAUAAUGCAAUCAUCAUUUAUCAAACGCACAAGAGAGUAUGGCCUGCUUCUCAGCGAGAUGUAUUAUAUCUUUCUGCCAUUCGAAAGAUACCGGCCUUGACUGAAAAUGACCCAGAAACUUGGAUAGUUUGUAAUUUUUCUGUGGAUCACGACAGUGCUCCUCUAAACAAUCGAUGUGUCCGUGCCAAAAUAAAUAUUGCUAUGAUUUGUCAAACCUUGGUAAGCCCACCAGAGGGAAACCAGGAGAUUAGCAGGGACAACAUUCUAUGCAAGAUUACGUAUGUAGCUAAUGUGAACCCAGGAGGAUGGGCACCAGCCUCAGUGUUAAGGGCAGUGGCAAAGCGAGAGUACCCAAAGUUUCUAAAACGUUUCACCUCUUAUGUGCAAGAGAAAACUGCAGGAAAACCUAUUUUGUUCUAGUAUUACAGUGACUGAAGCAAGGCUGUGUGACAUUCCAUGUUGGAGGAAAAAGUAAAAAACAAAAUUGAAUGCUCUAAGCUGGAACAUAGGAUCUAUAGCCUUGUCUAUGGCCCAACACCUUGGCCUUGUGUACACGAAGGAAGAAGUAUUGCAAUAGCAAAGCCGAACGUCUAACACUAGCUGUCUCCUGCUAGAUCUCCUCGCUCAGCAUUUACCUAUAAAUACAUGUACAAUGACAUGUAUAUGGCUAUAUUUUUAUUUGCUUGCUCCUAGAAGAGAAAAAAAUCAACUUUGAAUCACAACUAGGAAUUGAUGCUUUAAUUUUUGGAAACUUUUUCAGAAUUUUUAAUUUACUGUGGUCAGGCCUAAGAUCCUCAGUUGUAUCAGGUUUUGUGCACAAAAGAAAAGCACAAAAGUUGAACGCACAUGGGGCCUGUGCUUUCUGUGCACCAAAUAUCUGGAUGGGGGUCUUUUUUCAGGCCUACAGUCAAAUCUGUGUCCUGAAUUUUUUGACUUUUUUGCUUUGUAUAAUCAUAGAAUUCAUUGCUGCUGAUUUCUCUACUGAUUGGUGUUGUCGUGUAAAGUGUCUCAGUGACAGGGCUGUCCAUCACCUGCGAGUUCGCCUUUUCUAUAGUCUUACUCCGAUGAAGAGCCUUGGUUCUGAUGGAGAAAGAGUGAAAAGCUGUAUUUUUUCCCCAGAUAUCUUUACAUUUCUGUUGUCUUUUUA